ACGCGCUAUUGGUUGUCCCGGCUGACACACAUUUCCACUACAUAACGCUGGAGGAAUCUAAUAUUACUGACACUUAAUUUCACUACAGGAAUUCUUGGACUACAGCGAGCGAAGCUAUUACCUAGAAGUAAUCCCUCGUAAGCCGUAGUACAAGUUAACUGAUAGUGAUUCUCAUCACGUCGGUCGAAGGCUGAGCGGCGUUAUCCGGGUUGUAUCUCUGUGCUCCCAGGUAGCUGAGCGCUGCUUGUCGAUCCUAGGCUAUGGACAGCGGUACAUCUCGCAUAUCCCCUGGAUUUCACAUGCAUCUGAUCGACUUCACGAUAAUCCUUUACCAGGCUGUAAGAUAGGUGUCUUAUAUGUUAGACACAGAUGUAGCAGUGGCUGGUUUCCUCACAGACGGGACAAUGCAAGGUGUGGCAGUUCCGGGUUUGGUGUUAUUUUUCCUUCCGACCGUCUUGUCAACGUUCGGGAUAGAGGAGAAGAAUUCCUUGGAUGAGUUCAUCCGAACAGUGAUGAAAUGUCGUAACGUAACCGGCGUCAGUGUUGCCUUGGUGAAAAAGCGACACAUCGUCUACACCGCAGGCUAUGGAGUCGCCAACGUGGUAACAGGUGCUCGGAUGACGGACCAAACGCUCAUAAGUAUGGCAUCGAUUUCGAAGUCGUUUACAGCGACGUUGGCGGCCGACGCCGUUGCGAAGGGUCUGACGGAUUGGGAGACGCCGAUACGGAAGCUGUUAGGUCCGAGGUUCAAACUCCAGAAUGAGUUCCGAACCAAGCGAACAUCCCUGAAGGACCUACUCUCCCAUCGCCUCGGGAUGCCGUCGUAUUACGGCCUGAGUCAAGCCGUCCUUAACCUGACGAUAGAACAACUGGCACAUCGCCUGCAGUAUUUCCCUGUGUUGUAUCAGUUCCGCAGUCGCUACAUCUAUAGCAACUUCCUGUACGUCUUGGCGGGGUUGGUGCUGCAGCGGGCGACGGGGACGAUGUGGGGCGACGCCAUCGUCAACAACAUCUUCAAGCCUCUCGGAAUGGAGAGCAGCCGCGUGGUGUCCCAGUUGUCUGACACCGACAUCAGGGACAUGGCCUACUCCUGCACCAUCGUCAACAACACCUGUCUCCACAACGAGGAACAACUCCUGCUGCCGGUGAUACGACAGGCCCAGGCGGCGGCGGGUGUGUUCAGCACGGCCAGGGACAUGGCGAAGUGGCUUCAGUUCCAUCUGAGGGGUGGAAAGAAUGACAAAGGGUACCAGAUCUUGAACCGAACUGCUCUUAGGGAGACGUAUAGGCCUCAAAUCGUCCUUGAGAGGUCAGGCAUCACGCGGGCCCGAUUUCCGGUCGCAAACCUCGACUUCACAUACGCCCUCGGCUGGAUGAACGGGGUUUACAGAGGGUACAAGAAGUUGAGUCACACUGGGUCGUUCAGCGGGUACCGACUGAUGCAGACGCUGCUCCCCGAGGAGGGCGUGGGGGUGUGGGUGGCCAUCACCAGCUUCGCGCCAAGUCAGCAGACCAUUAUCAGAGACAUCAUCACCAUGUACAGCCUCGAUCUCAUGCUGGGCAAGAACCAGUGGCUCGGGACGGCGACAGCCUGUAUGUAUCCGGAGCCGUGGGGAAGAGCUCCAGUCAAGGAGGAGAUAACUCGUGCUCCACGUCCGGCUGUCAACCAAGAUCCAGACUUCAUCAACAAGACAGAAUAUGUUGGCAAAUAUUUUCAUAAAGCGUUUGGGAAGUUUGAAAUAAUUAUCAAAAACGAAACACUUCGAUUUACAUUUGGCCUGUUACUUAGAGGGACGCUGCAGCCAUCGACAUCACGUGACGUGAUGUACCAGCAGCCAGAAGCACCGUACAACCAUUUACCACGUGACGUUGUCCACUUCGGCAAGCCCCUUUACUUUCUCAGACACCAUAAUGGAUCCGUGGCUGCUCUCAAAGUUCCAUUCCUCGAACCCUCCAUACCGCCGGUGUUCGUUAAAGAUGACCCGGAAGCAGUUGGUUUUGUAGAAGAAUCAAUGAACAUUAUUGCGCCAAGAGAAAUGACAUCCGGAACUACUUCCACCAACACGUGCUUCAUUUUAAUUAUUGUUUCAUCCAUAUACCUAUUCUAAAUACAUCCCCAAUAACCCAUCCUCGGUUAUCCAGUGUAAUAUAUCACAUUUGUAUUAAGAUUUAUAACCUGGACCAUACGUCAACAUAUAGGUUCGUCUCGGAGAGUGUCCCAGUUUGAAACGGAAGGAAACAUGACCAAUCGUUUAGUGGAUAUCAUUCGUCACCACUCGCCCCUUUCCGUAACCUGCAAGAAGACUCGUCCCCCUAUCGAUCAAUGUUAUGUGCGAAAUUACGACAAACCAAUCAGAAUGCGCGUAUGAUUUCAAGUACUUCG